GAAAACGCAUCUUUUCGCGGGAUUCGCGGCUCCCAUUUCUAAUACCAUUUCGAUCGCCUGUAACACCAAACUACGUUGAAGCUUUGCAUCAUACCUAAUUUACGCUCAUCUCCUUAAAGGCUUGAUUUCCAUUGUUCUCUCUACGAUGGGUUCCGGGUCCAUAGACGAAAUGGGUGUUGAGUUAGGGCCUCCAUCACGCAUGGAUGUUCAAGAGUCAGGCUCUUCGGGGAUUGAUGAUGCUGAUUCACGGUCUUCUUCUGAGAUGAAUGGUAUGCCAGAGUAUCCGUCAAAGAAGCAAAAAAUUGGUGAAGAUGGGAUGGAUCCCAGGCUUUCCUCUUGGAACAAUAUACCCUUGUUUUUCGAGUCCAUGGAAGUUGAGUUGGGGUCUCAAUGCAUGGAUGUUCUAGAGUCAGGCUUUUCAGGGAUUGAUGAUGUUGAUCCACGAUCUUCUUCUGAGAUGAAUGGCAGGUCAGGUUAUCUGUCAAAGAAUCAUAAAAUUGGUGAGGAUUGUAUGGAUGCCAGGCUUUUCUCUUUGCCCAAUGUACCCUUGUUGUCCGACAUUUGUGAGAUGAAAUGCAUUCGUCGAACAUUUGGAGAGCAAGUUCAUUUCGACCUGGAAACACUUUGUGGCAAAUACGUUCUGUUUUACUCUUUCGUCCCCUCACCUUCGAAUUAUCGCCUCAUACAAAAUUCGCUCUACCCCAAUGAUCUCUUUGAUCUUUGUGCUGACCUGUAUUCUGCACGAGACGAUUUUGAGAUGGUAUUUGUUGCAAAAUCGAGAAAGCAGGAUGAUUUACAACUAUACUACUAUGGUCUUCCCUCUUACUCUCUUGUUGUACCAUUCGAGGAGUCGGGUCGUCCUAACAUUAUGCGUGAGUUCCAUGACUUGGUUGAUCCGGGUACUUUUAAAUGUCUCUUUCUGAAUGUCAACAAAAACAUUAGCGUCCGUGGAAACAUUGACUCCAUGUCGCGUCUUACAGAGCAUCUUCAGGAACUAAUACAAGAAAGUCCAUUUGACUGCCUGCGCUCUUUUCAAAGGAUUUUGAAAAGGCUAUGGCCUGUGAUUCCCCAAGAGCAGAAAAAUCCCUUCCCACGUGAUGGUUUUUGUCCUAUAGCCAAGAAAUUGAAUGCUGUGAAACUGGAAUAUGGAAAUAAUAUCAAUGAGAUGGUUUCUGAUUCAAUGAAGUUAUUUCCCACCAAGAUUGGUCAAUCUUUUGACGUUAUCUCUUUGUUGUCUGGUAAAGGGGAGAUGAAGAAGCACCUCGUUCGCAAGGGUGGCGAUAGAGUUGUGGUUGAUAAGCAGACAUUUAGUGGAAAAUACAUCAUGAUUUGUUGCUUUAACGUGCCGGUCUUCCGCCAUGAGCAAACUGCACGUUAUGCCCAGGCUCUCACAACUGCUUGCUCCGAGCUGUAUUCAUCGAGAAACGACUUUGAGAUGGUUGUAGUUGCAAGGAUGAACCAAUUGGCCAAUUACGAGGUGUAUUUCAAUCACUUUUUGUCGGUGUUCCCCACUCCAUGUCUAGUAGUACCAUUCGAAGACUCGGAGCGCCGUGACUUUAUAUGCAAAUACCUUGACCUCCGUGCAUGCUAUGAUAUAGGAUGUCUCAUUUUGGAGAAGGAUACGAAUAGCAAGAGAAACAUUUUGUUUUUUGGGAGUCCUUACCUUGCACGGACUUAUGGUGCUGAUGCCUUUCCCUUUACUACUGAGAAAUUGCAGGAAGUUAGCGCAAAUGACCAUAUGUGGUGGGAUGGUGAUGUUCCUCCUCCAGCCAACCUUGAAGAACUUUUAGGGUGCAAUCCGUAUGAUAUUCUUCAUAAGACUCCUUCACCAGGGGACCAUGAGGAGGCGACUAUAUUGGAACUCAGCAGGAAGGUUGUUGGGGUGUACGCGUGCGUUUCUGGAGAUUUGAUUCCCACUCUUGGGAAGGUGUAUCAACAGUGCAGAGCUGAAGAGAGAGAAUUUGAGAUAGUGCUGGUGUACAUACCCUUGUUUGCUGACUCUGUUGACCCACAGGUUCACAUGGCGAACAUUGUGAGUUUGUUGCAGGAGUGGGGGAUAUCGUGGUGGCAGUUUCCCCCCUCUGGGAAUCCAAACAAGCUCUUCAACAGCUCUGUAAGCUUUAGGGUCAGUCGAUGUCUUUGCACGGGCCGCAGAGAUCGAAUCAUCAUCGUGGGACGCGAUGGUUCAUUUGUUGAACCUGGCAGAAGAGAAAUCUUGAGCAAGUUUGGGGUUGAUGGAUAUCCAUUCAGCAGCGAGUGCGUUGUAGAAAAGGAAUUGGAAAAGCUUGAGAAACUCACUAUGGAGUCGCUAUUGGUGCCUCCUCCGCCAAGGGACUUUGUUUAUAAAGAGAAGAAGAAGAUACACGUGAGUGAACUGAGGGGCAAGAAAAUACUUCUUUACCUGAAUAGAUUUGGUGACUUUUGUCUUGCUGAAAAAGUGAGAGCCUGGUAUUCUGAGAUGAAGGGAACUGAUCCUAAUGUUGAAGUGGUAGUUGUUUGCAGAUUUGACUAUAUUGUAAUGGCAGAUGAGGGAGAUGAGUCCGAUGUAACACUAUCCGAAUUGCUUCCUUUUUGGCAUGUGUGCCCCUUUGACCCUCAGCACUCGGCAUCUCUGGUGGAGGUACUGUUCAAGGGGGGUUGUGAGUUUGAUGCCCUCAUUGAAUUUGGAACAGAUGGCCGAGUUUGUUCAAUGAAAAUCGCGAGCGGUACCAAUGACCUACCACUAGACAUUGUGUUUGAUAAAUCUCAGCUACGCGAUGAUAUCACUAGCCAUUUUAGGUUCAAUGGGUUUAUAUGACUGAUCCCUAGCCCCUCCAAAACGGUAUUUAAUACCCUAUCAUUUUCAAUGGGUUUAUAUGCUUCAUCGUCAUCAUUGAUUCUUUGUUAAUAUGUAUCCUCUUUUCUUUUUUAUUGUGAUGCCAUUGAUCCUUUUUAAGGAUGUUUGCCUUUGGGGAAAAAGCAUUCUUGCAAAAUGCGAGAUGACAUUACAAUUUUUAGGUAAAUUCUUUUGUAGGCUUAAGUUGCAUACUUAUUUUAUAGACCUCAGUAUAUAACAUUAUGGAUGAAUUGUCUUUUUGAGUAAAAAUAUAUUCAUGUGGGCUAUAAAAAUUAUUGAAAGAUCUAUGUUUGAAAGGUUACACGUCAAUACAUACACAUUGUAACAUCAAAUUAACUCUACACCAAAACAAGAAAUCAUUCUAGGGUUA